AUGCCUGAAACAAGCUACAGCAUAGUUGGGUCGCGCGAAUCAUCCGAGCCUCCGGAUUCCAGCUCGUUAUCGCACAGCUCGAAGUCAGCCGAUCAAAUUUCUGACGAGGUUUUGGCUCAUCGUCCUCAACGCUUCAAGAAUACUAGAAACGAAAAACUGCUUGCGCGGAAAACUGCAGGACGCACCACUCCGACGUUUAAGGAUGACCCUUUCAUUCGACUCCAUCUCACCUCUCUCAUGGUUUUACUACUAUACGGCCUCUUACCGCUCAUGGUUUACUUCAUCAUCAUCAAAGACCCCUUUGUUACAAGACGUGCAAGCUGCAGUGACGAACAGAAGGCCUCCAAAGGAAGCCCCAAUGGUUUCGGCUUCGCCAACAUGUUUACUAUCGAUCGCGUCACCGGUACAUUUCCUUUCUGGGUGGCAAAACUAAUCGACACCACAUGGGAUCUCCUUGUUUCUCGAGGCCUGCAGUUCCUUGCCGGUCUGAUUAGCUACAGUGUUUUCUCAAGUGCCUUAUUGCAGGCCAUUGAAACGUCUCCAAUUCCUUACCGCACAUUCAUCGGUAUUUCCCUAAAUGGUGCCUCGAUAGGGACUAUCAUCUCUUUAGUUAGGGACCUCAGACGUUACAAACGAUGGGGCACCAUGAUGCUCUUCGUAUAUAUGGUGCUUGAUAUGGCCUAUGUCCUUACUAUACCAACUUUGUUCUCGGCCAUGACUGGAUACACCACUUCGGCUUCUCCUUAUGGACAGCUUCCAGGAUCGGGCCAGUUGACUUCCAUGGACGAGAUGGGUUCUGGGAUCCUGUUCCAUAGUCUACCUGGUAUCGAAAACAACACAUGCGUGACUGGAGAACAGUUUUUUCCAUUUUUUAACCGAGCAUCUGAUCAAAGGGUUCGCUGCGGUAUCUCCUGCAAUUCCGACCACCUCAGUUCAUAUGUUAACAAUAGCAUGUCGAAUAUAGCGUCAAUAACGGGCUAUGUAUCAUUUGAGGACGGAAAUUGUUGGUUUUAUGCAAACCAAACUUAUGAAACACAAGCGAAGUGUGAUAACCAGGGCCAUGAAACUAAGGGAUGUGAUUGUAUAAACAAUAACAUUACGUACCUAGAUUCGACGAAGCUGAUACUGCUUAGGGGCAAAGCGUACGAAAUGGAGCAAAUUGACAACAGUAAAAGAAAGCAGUACACUACCGAUGGGGCUUCUCCGCUUUACUUACGUCUCUAUUACUGCUUCUACAUGGAAUCUGGUCCGUAUCCAUGUAUGGAAUCUGGCUUGAAGCACAGAUGUCUAGCAGGCUGUUAUCUGAGAGGUAUCUUUGCGAUAGCUGCAGCAGCACAGGGGACUAGCGAUGAGGUCGUGGAUUGGUUGAUGUCAAUGUCACCGGAGGAGGUUGAAAAAACAUUGUAUGAUAAGUCAGCAGCUGUCGAGUUCAGUUUGUUUGAGCCGGAACUGCCUUACUUUGGUUAA